CAAGUUCKUUUAUUUACAGUAAUUAAAAUUCGCCUCAAAAAUACGACAUACGGCGGAUCAAGAGAUAUCACAGGCUUCGAUCUAAGCUAAAAUCUUUUAAGACUCUACCGGCAUUGAACUUUAAGCGUUGACUCUCGAAUCUUGGAGUUUUAGAAAGUUUUUUKGGGUUUAUUUUGUGUUGGAGGAUUCUGUCAAGGAAUGUAGUCAGUCGAAUGUUCUUUUGUUCUUUAAUGGCUUCCUAUUGUAACUAAACAUGGGGGAUUUGAGUGUCACGAAUCUCUACCGUAAAGUCGUCUCUCCUUCCAUGAAGUUCAAGGCUGAUGAACUCAGAAAGGAGACUAUACAUACACGACACGUUCGUGGAAGAUCGCCUGUUUCUCCUAGGAGAAUUAUUGUUCCCAGCCCUGCUAGAAGUACUUAUUCUGCUCCAGGAAGAGUGGAAUCGCGAGAAUUAGCUUUAAAAUCAUCUGUAACAUAUGGUUGCYAUGACAAUAGUAUUGAGCAAGACAGACACUAUAAUUUCCAUCAAACYACUCGUUUCAAGACCACAUCUUUACCUGCCAUGCCGCUUACCAAGAAAUAUGCCCAUACAGCCCCUGGUAGCACUAGAACUAUACCGCUGUCAGUCACUCGGCAUUCUGCUUUAUCUCUUCCUGAAAAGUGGCCAAAUGAAAAGCCACUGUUCACCACUCAACAACAAAGAAAAAGUGCUGAAGAAAUUGCAAAAAGUGAUUGUAGAAGACUCAAAAGAAAAUCAGAGAUAAUUUCUCACAGAAUUGACAAGCAAUACUACAUGAGUGGAAUUAGAAUACCAGUGAAAAGCAGAUGGGAUGUUGAUACMAAUGAUUUAUUGAGGUUGAAACUACUAGCUCAUCAUAAACAGCUUGCAAACUACAAGGACAUGAAAAGUCUACAAAAUGAGCUUCAAGCAUCUCGGGAAAGUCCAGGAGGACAAGUSAGUACACCAACACCAAGCACUGGAAAACAGAAUGGAUCAGAUCAACCACGGGGUUUGAGCCCCGAGCAAGCCCGAGCUCCAGGAGAAACGGAGGGAAAGUGGGCAGAAGACAGUAAAUCAGAGACGAGCUCCAUUGACGAGUUCGACAGCAUUUCAAUGAGAGGUCGUAAAAUAAAAUUACCAAAAAGCUCAUUGCAAAAUGGUGUUACUUCUGUUGACUUCGAAGAUGGAAAGACAGAAGACGAACUUGGCGAAGGUUCCUUGGACAAGCAGCAAAUAAAUGAUAAUAAAGAGAGCGAGAAAUUCAAUGAAAAGUUGGUCGAAAAUUCAUCAGACAUAAGAGAGAGUAAAGAAACCGAGGAUGGAGAAAGAAUCAAAAACCCAGGCGAAGGCGGCUUAGGCGAAAUGACAGUAAAUAAUUCAGAAAAUCCGUCAGAGAGUCAUAUCACUAAAGACCAAACAAACAAACCAUCUUCGACAAAACCACGUAAAAAAGUAAAAAGUAUAAGAUUUAAGGACGAAAUAAAUGCGAAAAAUUCGAAUAAAGCUGACAAGACGAAAGAUAAGGAUGGUAAAUCUGGUGAGGCGGAUCAGGAAGAAAAGAGUGACCAUGUUAAUCCUUACCUCGAUGAAUGGUUAGGRAAGAAGAAAAAGGAAGUUGAUGGACGAUACAAGCCAGGGAAGCCACCUCCAAACAGAAUUUUUAUCUCUGCUCAAAUUCCAAAAUCUAAAAAAGCAGAAGUUACGAAGUUUUCCGAAAUGUUCUUAACCGAGACAAUCGCUCUGCAAGAAAAUCAAGUGAAUUUGGACAAUGAUACGAAUCCUCCUGAAUCCAAGUUCGGUAUUAUCAACACCAAACAGAAAGAAACCUUCAAAACAAUGUUUGACGAGGUGGACAAGGACAAGAACGGCUCGGUGACCCUGGAAGAGCUAAAACUAAAGAUGAUGCCYGCAGUAUCAAGAGACGACAUCAAACACUUUGUACAGGUUUUCGAUUUAAACAAAGACAAAACAGUUGACAGUCGAGAGUUUACAGCCAUCUGUUCUCUGAAUGACAGACUCGCUGGUACCAGCAUGGUGUUUAGAAAACUGGGGAGGAAUCAGCUUAACCUCAGCAAGUAUCAUCUCGAAGAGGGAUCACUCAGUAACGUCUACUAAUAGAGGGGUUUUCGUAUGAGUGGGAAAUGUACGGUACUAACUUAGAGCACGCACACGGUACAAAGUGCCGUAACGUUGAAAUAGCUUCCCAUCGUUUACAGUGAUUCCUCCAAUCACGACGCCGUCACGGUUACGGUAAGACCGGUACGGUUUAAUUGCCCAAUUUUACUAUGACGUCACUACUUGUUUAUGUGGGGGAUAGGAU